CUUCACAACCGGUCGGUCGCGUCGCGCAACCAAAAUUUUAAAAUAAAAACAAUUAUUCCGUAAUUACAAAUGUUUUAAGUGUAAAAAAGUUUUGUAUUUGUCAAUCCACCGCUAUUUUGUGUUAACAGCUGUCAAUUUUGAGGUUGUCAUUGGAUAUGUUCAAAGGUGCUUUUUAGAUCAAAGUGAUUUAAGUGUCAAGUGAUAAUAUAGUGAAAUAAAGAAAAUGGCGGGUUUCAAGUUGCUGCUGUGUUUAAGUUUACUUCAAGCUGUUUAUGGAAAAGGUUCGGAGUCGGCGAUACAAUGCACGCCGGAGGUGAUGAAGGUGACUGUCCCUAUGGAUGGAGACAGGCGGAUGUCAUACCUCGACCAGUUGAAAGACUACAAGCCGUGCAUGCCGUACAUGGAAGACAACGCCGCGACCUUCAUGCUCGACCUUCAAGACCCUCACAAAUGUGGGGUGACCAGGGUGCUUAAUAAGAUUACUGGCAAGAGGACGUUCUACCACAAGAUAGUGAUAGAAGAUACGGCUGGCGGGCGCGAGACAGUGACGGUGCGAUGUGUAGUGACAGGCAAGCUGCGAGCGCUGGCGAGGAGAGCUGUUGACAGCUUCCCAUUAGACUUCAAUGAACCUGAAACUCUAAACAUCACGAGAUAUGAAGAAGGAAAAGCCCCGGAGCCAAUCCUUGGUGCUGUCGUGAAACAAAAUGGAAAACAGGUGUCUGGCGAGAUCUCAGUUAGUCCCGGAACUCCUCUGUCGAUGGAGAUCUUCCUGGACAACGCGUCAGCUCCGGUGUACGGGCUUCAAGUCAGCUACAUGCACGUCACUGACACUGGCAAGCAGCAGGAGACUAUCAUAUUUAACGGAUGCUCAGUGGACCCGUAUUUGUUCGACAACUUCGUAACAACCGACGGGGAUGUGCUGUCGGCCAAAUUCCGCGCGUUUAAGUUCCCAGACACCACCUACGUUCAGUUCAAGGGAACUGUUACUGUAUGUCUGGAUAAAUGCCAGGGGGUACAAUGCAGCAAUGGCGCCACGGGGUACGGCAGGCGGCGGCGAGCCAUCGCGACCGGGGCCGACACCAACAAGGUGUAUGAAGUGUCACUGACCACCUUCAUCAAGGUCGAUUGGACCGAUGGGGACAGAGAAGCCGAAGAUGUACUGGGUCUCCUCAAGAACCUGAAGGUAGCCAACCAGAGGCUCGGCGAUGCCGAUGGCACGGUUGCUACGGUUGCUGAGACCACGCAGAAUAUCAAACCAGCUGUGCAGGAGCCCAUAAGCCAAGCGCAUACCACCACAAUUAGUCUACUGGCUCUGAUUGCUUGCUUAACACUUGCCUUGGUCAAGUAAAUUAAAAAAAAAUCGGACAAAAAAAUACAUAUUUUCCAAAUGACUGACAUUUGUCUAAAAAAAACAAAGUGAACUGAAAACAUCGAACUUUUUUUUUAAUGUAAACGAAAAUAUUAUUAUAGGCAAACCGCUGAAUAUUAUAAUUAUGACACUUUUUAACUGAUUUCACAAUAAUUGAAAUCAAAACCAGCAAAAGCAUCUGCAUGUAUAAUAACCUGCCGUCGCGGUACGGUAUUCGAGUCGCGUCCUGCGCGACAAACUAAUAUCGAUAAACAAGCAGUUGAUUUUUCUAAAUUUGAAUAGCAAAUUGAACAGUUUUCUACAAAAUUCAUAAUUUACAGUUUAAUGAAAUUUUAGUCGGAUGACUUGAGUUAAAAAUUGACAAUUAAAAUUGGAGUUUUGUUUUAAAGCUUUUAUAACGUUAAAACGAACGACUUUACACAUAUAACAAAACGGGGCUCCCGCGGCCCUGUUCACCAAAAAAAAAAAAACAAAAAAAUAGCUACAUAAACAAUAAUAAGAUAUUAAUAAGAAACGUCUUAUACCGCAGCGGUUUGUUAAUAAAUCAAAUCAAAAUCUUUAUUUGUGAAUACAGCCGGGUGGGUCUGCAUGACAACCGAGCCGCGCAUGGCGCGAAUUAUAUUGAGCGCUUUUACCAAUAACGAUACGAAUGUUAUCUACGUAGAUGGACGUCAAACGGCUAUUGGUCGAAGGCCUCAAUAUAAAUCGCGUCGCGCGCGGCGCGGUUACCGUGCAGAGCCUACAGGUAUACAAAAGGAUGUUACAUAAAAUUAUUACAAUCUCUGUAUUCAGCCUGUUAGUAGGCAUACAAAUAGUGGCUUAUUAUUUAAGUACACAAUAUUAAAUGAAAAAAAAUAUACAAUAGGAUUUUAAGAAAGCUUUAAAACUCCAGUUUUCAUUACCAAUUUUUUAUAAUGAAUUAUAUUUUUUUAUAAUCCUAAUACAAUAUUAAUUACUCUCCAAAUACUAAUAAAUAAAAGAAUUUAAAAAUAAGAAUAUUUCUACACAACAGAUGCGUGACGAAAAAUAUUUUAGAAUACUUAAUGAAAUUGGUAGUUUCCAACUAGUCAAAUCAGUUACUUUUUACUAAACGUCAAAACACGAAAUUUGUACGAAAAAAGAACCACUGACGUCAUAAAAAAACGUGACAAAAUGUCGCAAUUAUUAUUAAUUUUUUCUUUGUUAAAACUCAUAAAUAAGUUGAAUAGAAAAAAGAAAACGAUUUGUCAGCUUUAGAUCUGUCUUUAUUUAGUAAUCAGAAUUUCAUAAUUUAUCUUUGACCUCGGAAACUACCCAACUAUAAAUAUGCAAUUACUUCCAUACCUUCCAUACCAUAUUUUAAUUAGGUAAACUUCUUUGUAUCAUAACUCAUUUUACAGGCGCCCUUAACUUCUAAUUUGAAUAAAAUCAUAAAUUUAAUAUUUAAAACUUAGCGCUCUAUUCUCCCAGACUACCUCGAAAGGGACAUAGCGCGAAGAUCUCAAAAUUUCAAAAGUACCUAUUUGGAGUUAUUCUUACCAGAUCAAAAAUAUAAUAUUUACUUAAGUACUAACUGUAUUUAGAUUAAUAUUAGUUUUAAUUCAAAGUGAUGUAUAAUUAAUUAACUAUGAUAUAAGUGCCUUUUGUUUUAACUGUGAAGCCAAAACAGACAGACAUCUUUUUAAAUAUUAACGAAAAAUAUAUUACUGUAAUAACCACGGAAUAUAAGAAAAAGGUUGGAAGGGCCAUGUGUGAACAAAUAAUUCAUACUUCUACUUGGCACUCCAAUCGUCCGCAAACUUUACGACGCACGGAGCUCUGCUAUAGUAUAUUAAGGUCUUGUGCAUUUUCACCUGCAGGGCAAAACAUCAAAUAUCGACUAUCGUGCAAGGAGAUCUCUCCUUAUCACUACUCCUGAAAGCUAAAAUUUUAGUCAUCAUCAUCAGCCCAUAAACGUCCCCACUGCUGGGGCACGGGCCUUCCCUAUGGAUGGAUAGGGAGAUCGGGCCUUAAACCAUCACGCAGGCCCAGUGCGGAUUGAUGGUUAUUAACGACUGCUAAUGCAGCCGGGACCAACGGCUUAACUUGCCUUCCGAAGCACGGAAGAGCUCGAGAUGAAAACUUUUUUUUUGUGGUCACCCAUCCUAUGACCGGCCUUUACGAAAGUUGCUUAAGUUCAACAAUCGCAGACCGAGCGCGUUUACCGCUGCGCCACCGAGCUCGGCUAAAUAUCAAAAAAUACUUUUGUAAGUAGUAUGCAGUAUCUUACAUAAUUAUGCAAUCUUCUUCUACAACAGUAUCAACAAUUUAUUCUAUAAGUAGCAUACUAUAAGGUGCAUAAAAUACAAUGUAAUUUUGUGACCUUAACGACCAAUUUUUUGGAGGUUAAAAAUGGCAAUAUUCAUUGAGGAAUUGCUUCAAUAUGGCCUUUUUUUCUCCCCCUAACUUACGUCACUUUAGCACCAAUUCUGUUUUGGCACCAUUUUGGCACUAAUAAAAAUAAAAUGCUAACGCAUUCCAACCCGCUAGUCUUAUGAUAAAAUACUUUACACUUAAGAAAUAGAAACAAAUGAUAGUUAAGCGUUCAUCGCGAAAAUAAGUCAAUGCUAUCUCACUCCCACUUACACGAUUUGUCAUAGACAGAAAGAGACAAAUGAACUUUACAAGUAUUUCCUUAAAAAUACCGAAUAUGAACUUAUUUUCGUGGUUCUUCACCCAUCUGAUGAAAUUGAAAGUAUUUAUAUUGGCCAUACGUCUUUUUAGAUAUUACUUUUAAGAUAUUUUGGUGUAUAAAUAAGACUUUCUUGUAUUAGUUGUGAAAUGAAGACAAAUUUGACUUGUUCUAUCAAUUAAGAAUAAUAUACCUACAGUUAGUGAAAUCGUCAUGGGAGGUGAAGGUUUUGGCGAGAAGAAGAGAGGAAUGGCGGUUACUCCACCGACAAGAGCGCAGCUCUUAAAUAGAGAGAGAGUGACAUCGUAACGAAUACUGAGGCAGACGUUUCGGACCAUGAUCCUGAGUUAAUAUUAAGUGGAAUUUUCCGUCGCAAAAUGCAUGAUUUCUUUUUUGUUUUUUUUUUUAUAAUUUCAAUUCUAUACUUUUGUGAUGAAAAAUUCCACUUGAUUAACUUAGAAUCAUGGUCUGAAUCAUCCCUCAAAGUUUUCGUGCACCGAACACCGUGUAUAUUUUUAAAACGUCUCAAAUAUGCUAUAUUUUACCGAAUGUAAGUACAACUAGUAUGAUAAAGUCUUAAUUGGGUGUCUUUUGUAGUAUUUUUAAUUUACCAUUACUUAUACCGAGUUCUAACGCCUUUCUCACACCGAUAGUAAGUAACCGAAGCGUAAGAUUAUAAGAAAUUCUAUUCGGUCCUCUUCGAUCGUUGUGAAAUAUGCCUUACCAUACUUCAAUGUGAAUUAAUUUCUAAAAACUUAGAUUUAUUUAUUUCUGGUGCUUCAUAAGUAAAUGUUUUUAAUUGUCCUUUUUGAAUUACAUUUACAAUGCUUUUUGUACAUUUAGAAAGAAAAGAUUAACGAGAUUAAACGAAAAUAAAUAAAAUUAAUUUUUA